AUGAAUGAGGAGAGAAAGCACUACGACGGUCCCAAAAAUGCCUCGGAUUUCACCCGGACUCAUGAAGACAAAGUGUCCUGGAAUGGCACCAAGUGGCGGGUGUCCGCCAGCUACGAUCCAUAUGUGAAAGGGUUAUGGAUGAUCGGUAACAUUGCGUCAACCGUUCUCAUUGUCCUGGCAAACAAAGCAGUGAUGCAGAGCUUCAACUAUCCACUGAUUUUAACCGCGCUUCACCAGGUUACCAUAUGGGUCAUUACAAGCUGUUGGGGUUUUUAUACAGGUCAAAAAUUCUCGUCGCUUCUUGAUGUCACGGAUGGGCUUAUGCUGGGAGGGACGAAUGCAGCAGGAAUUGUUUUUAUGAACUUGAGUUUGGCCACUAACUCUGUUGGUGCAUAUCAGCUCCUAAAAAUUCUCAACCUUCCCACCAUCGCCAUUCUUCAAUAUUCUCUCUAUUCGGUGCGCCUACGGCAACCUGUCAUUCAGUCACUCGCAAUUAUCAUCAUCGGAGUUACUAUCGCAUCCGUUCGAGAACUCUCGGUUGACUUCACGGGAUUGUGUUUUGGUACCAUUGGGGUCUUGUCAGUAUCAUUGCACCAAGUAUGGGUGCAGAACAGAACAAAGGCAAAAGCCUUAUCGAGCGUCCACCUUAUGGCGGCGCUGGCACCUUACUCGACUGCUUGCGCGCUGAUUGCCGCUGGACUGGAUCUUGGGCGCAUGUAUCGUGGAGGGGCAGUGGAAACUGGUAAUCGUGAUUCCGACAAAAUGGGGAAUGGCCAUAUUGUGGGGGCAUUGUUUGUUUCCUGCACGUUGGCGGUGUGUAGCAAUUUCACAGGGUUCGGAUUGCUCAAAAAAACCAGCGCAGUGACAUUUCAAGUAGUUGGUCAUUUCAAAACAAUUCUCACAAUCACAGGAGCCACCGUUCUUUUUGGACAAGACGCAGAAAAUAUGGAUGUGUACCGGAUGGCAGGAGUGGUCGUUGCAUUUAUUGGUAUUCUUAUAUAUGGUAGCAUCAAAGACAAGUCCACUAAAGUGUCCCUUCUGCCGAUGGGACAAUCAACGGCACCAGAACGACUAAAGGUUAGCCGAUCGAAUGAUCUACGAUAAGGACCAGCUUGUGCGAGACAGCAAGGACCACUUGUAUUGGAGUGUUGAAUUUUAUCUGGCGUGGCGAGUGCUUACAACUGCGUCUUGUAAGAAGUACGGUUUGUCGGAAGAAGGGACAUGCAACAGGUCAAUGGGAAGUAUCAGUAGAGCAGAAACAAGGUGUAUAUAAGGCAAAGGAUGGCCAUGCUUUUUCAAUAUCGCGUCUCAUAUAUGGUGCAGAUGUGGUCGAGUAGAUGUAGCUUCCAAAAUAUUGAUCAGAAGUCUUCAAUUUGCGC